AUGGCAUGGGUGUGCGUGCCCUACGAGGACCUGCCGAAGGGCCAGAAACUGAUUGGCAUGACACGAGGCGCGUGCGCGGCAAGCCUCUGCACGCAGGACGACUUUUACUUCUGGAACACGGUCACCGAUGAGACCACCUGGGACAUUGAGGACUGCCUUGAUGCCUCCGCCGCGCCGCCCGCCUCGCCCACCUCGCCCACCUCGCCGCUCUCGCCCUCGCCGGAGGCAGUGGCUGGCUUGGAUUCAGACGAUGACGAGGAGGAGGACCUGGCGCAGUUGGCCGCAGCCUGCCGUGAGGCCAAGGCCUGGUGCAGCCCGCAACCCCUGGUAGCAGCCCCAGCCGCCGAGGCGCCCGAGGCGAAACCGGCGACGGCUCAACUGGCGACCGCCGAGUUGGACGAGGACGAGGCCGAGGUUCCAGGGCGCCGCACGGCACCGAAUCCGGAGGAGCCAGAGGAGCAGCCAGAGGAGCCGGAGGCGACCAAGGCGACCGAGGCGACCGAGGCGACGGAAGCACCGAAGCCAGAGGAGAAGACGGAGGCGACGACGAUGGAGGAGGCGACGGAGGCGAUGGAGGUGCCCGACGUGUGGGAGGCGACUGAGGCGACUGAGGCGACGGAGGCGACGGAGGCGACGGAGGAAGCUGACCAAGUUGCGUCAAGGCAAGAGGAGGAGGAGGAGGAGGAGGAGGAGGAGGAGGAGGAGGAGGAGGAGGAGGAUUUGGACGCUCCACAUGAGGCCGCGAGUGUGAUGGUGCCCUGCGAUGGAGAUGUGGAGGAUGGAAAGGCGCACUUGUACGCGGGUGCAAGCUGUGAGACGCUGCGGAGGGAAGCGUGCUUCUUGGCUCCCGACCUGGACACCAACCCGCCCUCGCCCUCGCCUUCGCCACCCCGGUCGCCGUGCAUCGCCGCGGCAGGUGGAAGUCACUUGCCGCUGAGGGCAAGCGAUUUCUUCGAUCUGGUGCGUGGCCGGCGCGGUGUAGGAGCCCAUGUCUUUUUUGACCACUGUCGGGCAGAGCGGCGCGCUUGGGUGAGCUCCCCAAAGCGGCAGGACCGUCCACGGAGGUCUUCCGGCCGCGCCAAGCGUGUUUCGCCCAAGCCUGCACCCGCGCGCAAAAUGCAGCCGCAUCGGCAGCACGCGUCGCACGCACGGGAGGCUACGGAGGUGGGCACGCCGGUCUCGGGCGUGGCGGAGGUCGCGUGUGAGGAGCCGCAGGCGCCGGAGGUGUCCCCGAGUGGCACGGCGAAGCCCAGAGUGCCGGGCCAGACAGCGCGUAGCGAGCGCCAGCUGAUUGCGGUCUACACAGGCAAAGUGCUGCCGGAUUUUGGCCUUCCGAGCCGCGCCCGACCCAGCGACGGGGAUAGCGGCCAGGCCAGGUGGGUGCCGCAGGUGUUGGUGAGGGUGCUGGUCAGCCUGCUGUUUUGGGUGCUGUUUGCGUGCUUCAGGCCCCAAGGCCCGGCCCAAGUGGCAGUGAGCCGCGAGGAGCUCCGAUGGCUCGGGUUGCGACCGUCUUUCCCGGUCUCCUUUGGCUUACGUUCGCCCACCGCACUUGGCUUCCGCCUUGCGCCAGAUGACGGGCGCAUUUUGGCGUAUCUUGGGUGGUACGCCUUCGCUUGGCUGGGAUUCCUGCGGCUCAGCGUCGGCCUCACACUGCUCUUUACCGCCUUCCAGGAGGUGCAGAACGCCGGCCCCGCGUUGCUGGAACGUCUCGAGCUGCAGCACCUGGGGUUCUACGCCUUGGCGCUCUUCUACGGCUGCAUGUUCCUGGGGGCUCAGGCUGCCCCCUGGGUGAUCCACCGCAUGGGGCAGUGGGCAUUGACGUUGGGCGCGGCGGGGAACGGCCUCUUCACCAGCGCGGUGGUGCUGUGCUGCCACUUCUACCGGGAGGGCGUGGGCUCCGCCGCCGCAUAUAUCACGCUCCUCUUGGUGGCGCUGGCGGGCGGUCUCAUAGCAGGACUGCUGUGGCCGGCGCAGGGCUACCUCUUGACACACUACGCGUCCCCCGAGAGCCUGAACUGGUACGUGUCCUCCUUCUCCCUGUGCUUCUUCGCCAGCGGCUUCCUGGGCCCAGCGCUGGUGGCGCCUCUGCAUGGCGUUUGGGUGCCCGUGGCGCUGCUGACGCUGGUGCUGCUAGGCCUGGCGACCCUCCUCUGCCUGCCGCCUCCGCGCGCCGAAGCCACCGCCGCCGCCGCCUCCGCCGGCGCGGGACUUUCCGCGGCGGGGCUGCUGAGAGACGCGGGCGCGCGGCGGCUGGCGCUGCUGGGUCUGGCGGAAGGCUGGUGCCUCAACGCCUUUGUGUCCGACGUGCUGCCGAAGGUCGCAGGCGCCUGGACGACCUCCGAUGCUUCGCGCUGGCAGGAGCAUCUGCAGCUGGUGCUGCUCAUGAAUGGCCUGGGCCACGUGAUCGCCAGCCUCGCCUACGCCCCCGUGGCCAACCGAUUUGGCAGGCGCGCAGUCUUGCUGCUGCAGUCGCUGGUACUCGCUGUGGCAACCCUCUCGUGCGAUGUGGACCUCGCAGGCAUGGGAGCGCAAGAGCCCACGGCGCUGCUGGGCGCAUUUUUGGCGGGGCUGGGGAUCAUCCUGGCGCGGAACGGGAACUCGGCCCUCGCGGCAUCCAGGUACCGCCACUGCGCCGGAGCCAUCUUUGCAUUGCUCGCCUCCGUGCGAUUUGCGGGGUCCAUCGCGGGCUUUCUGCUGAUGCCGGCCGCGUCAGGCUCCUGGAUGGAGUUCCUCGUGCCCGCCUCCCUGGGUGCCUUGGCUGGCGCCUCGCUGCUGGCCGCCGCCCACACCCCGCUCUUCCGAGAGCCCGAAGGCGAGGGCGAGACGGGUCCUGCAGUGGUGCUGCUCACCAACUACGUGUGCUUUGCCGCUGAGACGCUGCCCAAAUUGCAAGGUACCGCCAGCCGCAUCCAAGUGAUCAGCUCCAAACCUGAAGUGGAAGAGCUCUGCCGCGAGGCCGGCGUCCACUUCAGGCCCUUCCCGGCUUGCGAGACCUUGGCCUUCGCGCGGCUCCUGCGGGAGGACGCGGAGCUCCAGCCCGCAGUGGCGGAGGUCUGGCGAGACCUGCGGCUCUGGGGCCCCGACGUGCUGGUCACUGCGGGCUUUCCGGUGCUUCCCAAGGAGGUUGUGACGAUCCCGAAGAUCGCGUUGAACUUCCACCCCGCCGAUCUGCCACGGUAUCGCGGCGGCCUUCCGCUGCAGGCCAUGAUCCUGCUGGGCGAGAAGGAGUUCCGGUGCUGCGUGCACCUCCUGACCGAGGGCAUCGACGAUGGGACGGUGCUCGCCAGGAGCAGGCCCUUGCCAGUGGAGGGUCCUGCUGCCGCGCUCUUCCAGGAGGUCGCUGGAUUACUUCCGAAUUUGGUGAUGGAGGCCAUGGCCAAAGCAUCCGGUGGAACCGGAGAUGCUGGAAAACGAGAGCCAGAAACCGAGGACGUGCCGCACGCCUUUGGGGUGAAGACGGAGACAGUGCUCGUAGAUGGUGUGGCGCAGAAGUCCAACUUCGGUGUGCUGAGCCGCGUGCGUAUCGAGUGGCAGGAGGACACCGCGACAGACCUGGAGCGCGCCGGGCGGGCCUUCUGCGACAACCGCGGCCUCUUCACGGACUACGAGGGAGAGCUGUGGCGUGUGACCUCGGUGGUGCUGCUUCCGGCGGAGCCAGACGGGUCGGAGCUUCCGGGCACCGUGUUGGAGUUGAAGGGCGGCGCCGUCGUGGUGCAAGGCCUCGACGGACGCCUGGAGCUGGCGGGAUACUUCCCGCAGGGCGAGAAGGAAAUCUCAGUGGGCAGCGUCUUCAAGUCUGUCACCAAAGUCAGCGACUUUCUUGGUGGCGCUUUUCGGAAUGUGGAUCGGUUGCCUGGAUCGAGGCGUUUCGCAUGA